AAAGGAAAUGCAAGGAAAUGUCGAAUAGUUGGUGAAUGAUGAUUAUUUCUGUGUAAUUUAUCUCAUUAGCUCUUGUGACUUGUCUGAGUUGUCUCUGCAAUAAGUUCACGAUCAUCUUCCCCCAAACUUUUCCAGAAAGAUCUCCCAAUGGCUGAGUCAGCGAGCAACAUCCCUUCAAAAAAGCUCAUCCAAAUCGAUGUAAGCUCGGAUACAGUUUGCCCAUGGUGCUUUGUGGGGAAAAAGAAUCUUGACAAAGCAAUUGAUGCAUCUAAAGAUCAAUACAACUUUGAGAUUCGAUGGCAUCCGUUUUUCCUUGAUGCAUCUGCACCCAAAGAAGGUGUGAACAAGAAAGAGUUUUAUCAACUGAAAUUUGGAAGCAGAGUUGAAGGAAUGUUCACCAGAAUGUCCGAGAUCUUUGGAAGUAUUGGGUUAGAUUAUGACACAUCCGGUCUCACAGGCAACACUCUGGAUAGUCAUAGACUUAUACAUUAUGCCGGGAAACAUGCGCCGGAUAAACAACAUAGCCUUGUUGAAGAGUUGUGUCUCGGUUAUUUCACGCAGGGAAAGUACAUUGGGGACAGGGAGUUUUUGGUUGAAACGGCCAGAAAUCUUGGCAUAGAAGGAGCAGAAGAAUUCAUCUCAGAGCCCAACAAUGGAGUAACAGAGGUGGAAGAAGAGAUGAAGAAGUAUUCACGGAAUAUCACAGGAGUUCCACAUUACAUUAUCAAUGGGAAGGUGAAACUGAGUGGUGCGCAACCGCCCGAGACGUUUCAGAGUGCGUUUGAAACGGCCUCAGCUUAAAACACAAAACAGUGAACUCAAGAGUUGUUGAAGUUUUUUUUUUUAUGUCCAUGGAGAUUAUGUCUGUUCUCUUGUUUGAGCUUGUGAGUUCUCACUUUUCAAGAACUUGGUGUAAUAAUCAAUACAGAUUUGGUGUUUUUGAUGGUUUGUCUAAUGAUUCA